AUGACGAAACUUUUACGCACCUUGUAUAAUGUCUCACGGCACCUAACAUCUCCACCCACAAAACUGGCCCUAGUUGUACGAGGCGAUCUGAAAAUGUCCAAAGGUAAAACAGCUGCCCAAUGUGCCCAUGCCGCCGUUAUAUGUGUUCAGGAUUCUCAGGCGAGCAGUAAUGAAAAACAUCGCGAGUUACUGCGCGCAUGGCUUGCCAUGGGACAACCAAAAAUUGUCUUAAAAGUUGAUAAUUUUGAGCAGUUAAUAGAGCUACAGAAGGAAGCCAUGCAGGGAAAUGUUACAGCAGCUCUUGUCCAGGAUGCUGGUCGCACACAACUGGCUGCGGGUACAGCAACUGUUUUGGGUAUUGGGCCAGACACCGUGGAGAAUAUUGAUAAAAUUGUUGGGCAUUUAAAAUUGUUAUAAAAAAAGAAAUAUAAA